CGCACCCCGGCCUGGCCGCCUGCGCCCCGGGGAGAGGCCCCCUGCGCGCGACGGGACCAGCAGCAUGAGCAGCGGCUACAGCAGCCUCGAGGAGGACGCGGAGGACUUUUUCUUCACCGCCAGGACCUCCUUCUUCAGGAGAGCGCCUCCGGGCAAGUCCCGUUCGGGUCAGCCGGAUGUGGAGAAAGAGAAGGACACUCACAAUUACCUCAGCAAAGAGGAAAUCAAAGAGAAGGUCCAUAAAUACAAUUUAGCUGUCACAGACCAGUUGAAGAUGACCUUGAAGUCGAAUGGGGUUUACACUGGCUUCAUUAACGUGCAGAUGGAACUCUGCAAACCCACCCAGACCCCUGCCAACCCCGGGAGACUCCCGCCCAGUGGCGGCGGCUGUGUGAACACACUUCAUAUCAGCAGCACGAACACCGUGGGCGAAGUGAUCGAGGCCUUGCUCAAGAAGUUCCUGGUGACCGAGAGCCCCUCCAAGUUUGCACUUUAUAAGCGCUGUCACCGGGAAGACCAAGUGUAUGCCUGCAAGCUCUCCGACCGGGAACACCCACUCUACCUGCGUUUGGUGGCCGGACCCAGAACCGACAUGCUCAGCUUUGUUCUUCGAGAACAUGAGAUUGGAGAGUGGGAAGCCUUCAGUCUCCCGGAGCUCCAGAACUUCCUGCGCAUCUUGGACAAGGAAGAAGACGAACAGCUGCAGAGCCUGAGGCGCCGCUACACAGCCUACAGGCAGAAGCUGGAGGAAGCCCUGGGCGAGGGGUGGAAGCCCGGCUAAGGCCAGGGGCCGCCUGCCCGGAAGGCACAGCCCGGACCCUGAAAGAGCAGCAUCGCCUCUUCUCAGAGAGCGGCUUUGGUGCCCUCCUCUCUCUCUAGACACCGUUCCCAAAGCUUGGUCACACGGCAUCCUGCGCCUCACGAAUUGGCACACGGGACUCUGCGAGCUUGUUCUGUUACGGCAUGGCGAUGCUACCUCCUGCAAGCUGUGAGCCUGUGGUCCUCAGGUGCAUCCUGGACUGCUUGGAAGCAUGAACUCUGGGUUGAUUUCCCUUGAUUUCUUCUAGUUACUUGGAUGAUGUGAUUUUGUUGUUGUUGUUGUUGUUGUUAAGCUUCAGGGUGUGCAGAUUAACAUGCAAUCUUCGAAUACUCGUCCCGUGGCGAAACUA